CAUCACUCAAAAAGGGUAUGAAAAGAAAAGGGCAAAGCUGCUUGCACGUUAUAUACCGCUUAUUCAAGGAAUAGACCCAUCUCUACAAGCAGAGAAUAGAAUUCCUGGGCCCUCACAGACCACGGCUGCUGCACCCAAGCAGCAGAAGUCUCGGCCCACCACCUCGAGGGAUGAGCGCUUCCGGUCAGAUGUCCACACUGAAGCCGUGCAAGCAGCUUUGGCCAAAUACAAAGAGAGGAAGAUGCCUAUGCCUUCGAAAAGACGUUCUGUCCUUGUGCAUUCGUCUGUGGAAACCUACACCCCUCCAGACACGUCGUCUGCCUCAGAAGAUGAGGGCUCUUUACGGCGACCCGGGCGACUCACCUCCACUCCGCUCCAGAGCCAUUCCAGCGUCGAGCCCUGGCUCGACCGGGUCAUUCAGGGCUCGUCCACCUCAUCCUCUGCAUCCUCCACCUCAUCUCACCCGGGAGGGAGACCCACCGCCGCUCCCAGUGCUGCAGCCACGCCGGGGGCCGCCGCUGCCACUGCUCUCGCAGGCCGUGAGGCCCACACCCACAUAGAUCUGCAUUCUGCCCCUCCUGAUGUCACCACGGGCCUCGUGGAGCAUUCAUACUUUGAGCGUCCGCAGGUGGCUUCUGUGAGAAGUGUUCCUCGGGGGUGCAGCGGGAGCAUGCUGGAAACAGCAGAUGGUGUCCCUGUGAACAGCAGAGUGUCCUCCAAAAUCCAGCAGCUUCUUAACACCCUGAAGAGGCCAAAGCGCCCUCCAUUGAAGGAGUUCUUUGUGGAUGAUUUUGAGGAAUUGUUGGAAGUUCAGCAACCAGAUCCAAAUCAGCCGAAGCCUGAGGGAAGCGAGACGAGCGUGCUGAGGGGGGAGCCUCUCACUGCAGGUGUCCCCCGACCACCGUCACUGUUGGCCACCUUGCAGCGCUGGGGCACAGCACAGCCCAAAUCCCCCUGCCUGACUGCCUUGGACACGACUGGGAAAGCCACCUACACUCUCACCUAUGGUAAACUUUGGAGUCGGAGUUUAAAACUAGCUUAUACUCUACUUAAUAAACUGACAAGUAAGAAUGAACCUCUGCUUAAACCUGGAGACAGAGUGGCGCUCGUGUUUCCGAAUAGUGACCCUGUGAUGUUCAUGGUUGCAUUUUAUGGAUGUCUCCUGGCAGAGCUGGUUCCUGUCCCCAUAGAAGUGCCAUUAACGAGAAAGGACGCAGGCAGCCAGCAGGUCGGGUUUCUGCUGGGCAGCUGUGGAGUCUCCUUGGCCCUGACCACAGACGCUUGUCAGAAAGGCCUCCCCAAGGCACAGACGGGAGAAGUGGCAACUUUCAAAGGUUGGCCUCCCCUCUCCUGGCUGGUGAUUGAUGGGAAGCAUCUAGCCAGGCCCCCCAAGGACUGGCACCCUCUGACCCAGGACACAAGGACUGGGACCGCCUACAUUGAGUAUAAAACCAGCAAAGAAGGCAGUACGGUGGGGGUCACAGUGUCCCACGCAUCCCUGCUGGCACAGUGCCGGGCUCUGACCCAGGCGUGCGGGUACUCAGAAGCGGAAACAUUAACAAAUGUGCUGGAUUUCAAAAGGGAUGCUGGUCUGUGGCAUGGAGUGUUAACAAGUGUCAUGAACAGGAUGCAUGUGGUCAGCAUCCCCUACGCGCUGAUGAAGGCCAACCCGCUCUCCUGGAUCCAGAAAGCGUGCUUCUAUAAAGCUCGGGCCGCGCUGGUGAAGUCGCGAGACAUGCACUGGUCUCUCCUAGCUCAGCGAGGCCAGAGGGACGUCAGCCUCAGCUCACUGCGCAUGCUGAUUGUGGCCGAUGGCGCCAACCCAUGGUCGAUCUCCUCCUGUGACGCCUUCCUCAACGUCUUCCAGUCCAGAGGUUUGAGGCCGGAGGUCAUCUGUCCUUGCGCCAGUUCUCCUGAGGCGCUGACUGUCGCCAUCCGCAGGCCACCUGAUCUGGGAGGACCACCUCCAAGAAAAGCGGUCCUGUCAAUGAAUGGUCUAAGUUAUGGUGUUAUCAGAGUGGAUACUGAAGAAAAGUUGUCAGUCCUUACUGUUCAGGACGUUGGUCAGGUGAUGCCUGGAGCUAAUGUAUGUGUUGUGAAGUUAGAAGGUACCCCUUAUCUUUGUAAAACUGACGAAGUGGGAGAAAUAUGCGUCAAUUCCAGUGCAACUGGCACGGCCUACUAUGGAUUGCUUGGAAUCACGAAGAAUGUGUUUGAGGCAGUUCCGGUCACCGCAGGAGGAGCACCCGUCUUUGACAGGCCAUUCACCAGGACAGGCCUGCUGGGCUUCAUCGGGCCUGACAACCUGGUCUUCAUCGUGGGCAAACUGGACGGGCUGAUGGUCACUGGAGUUCGCAGACACAAUGCAGAUGACGUUGUGGCCACCGCGCUGGCCGUGGAGCCCAUGAAGUUUGUCUACAGAGGCAGGAUCGCUGUGUUCUCUGUGACCGUGCUGCAUGAUGACCGGGUCGUCCUGGUGGCUGAGCAGCGGCCGGAUGCCUCGGAGGAGGACAGCUUCCAGUGGAUGAGCCGUGUGCUGCAGGCCAUCGAUAGCAUCCACCAGGUGGGCGUGUACUGUCUGGCUCUGGUUCCUGCCAACACCUUGCCCAAGGCUCCCCUCGGAGGGAUUCACAUUUCUGAAACCAAACAGCGCUUUCUGGAAGGGACACUGCACCCGUGCAAUGUGCUGAUGUGCCCUCACACCUGUGUUACCAACCUCCCCAAACCUCGCCAGAAACCACCAGAGGUUGGACCAGCCUCCAUGAUCGUGGGGAACCUGGUUGCUGGGAAGAGAAUUGCUCAGGCUUCUGGGAGAGAGCUUGCCCACCUGGAGGACAGUGACCAGGCACGGAAGUUCCUGUUCCUGGCUGACGUGCUGCAGUGGCGUGCCCACACCACUCCUGACCACCCGCUGUUCUUGCUGCUGAACGCCAAGGGCACCGUCACAAGCACUGCAACCUGUGUCCAGCUGCACAAAAGGGCUGAGAGAGUGGCUGCGGCUCUGAUGGAGAAGGGAAGACUGAGUGUUGGGGACCAUGUGGCUCUAGUCUACCCACCAGGGGUGGACCUCAUCGCCGCGUUCUAUGGCUGCUUGUACUGUGGCUGCGUGCCCGUCACCGUGCGGCCCCCGCACCCUCAGAACCUUGGCACCACACUGCCCACUGUCAAGAUGAUCGUGGAGGUCAGCAAGUCUGCAUGCGUCCUCACCACGCAGGCUGUCACACGGCUGCUUAGGUCCAAGGAGGCUGCUGCCGCCGUGGACAUCAGGACCUGGCCCACCAUCCUAGACACAGAUGACAUCCCGAAAAAGAAGGUAGCGAGCAUUUUCAGGCCCCCCUCCCCCGAUGUCCUCGCAUACUUGGACUUCAGCGUGUCAACCACUGGGAUACUAGCAGGGGUGAAGAUGUCUCACGCGGCCACAAGCGCCUUAUGCCGCUCCAUAAAGCUGCAGUGUGAGCUGUACCCCUCUCGGCAGAUCGCCAUCUGCCUCGACCCCUACUGUGGCCUUGGCUUUGCCCUGUGGUGUCUGUGCAGUGUCUACUCGGGACACCAAUCAGUGCUGGUGCCCCCGCUGGAGCUGGAGAGCAAUGUGUCCCUGUGGCUGUCAGCCGUCAGCCAGUACAAGGCCCGCGUCACCUUCUGCUCCUACUCUGUGAUGGAGAUGUGCACCAAGGGCCUGGGCGCACAGACGGGUGUCCUCAGGAUGAAGGGGGUGAACCUGUCAUGUGUGCGCACGUGCAUGGUGGUCGCCGAGGAGCGGCCCAGGAUUGCGCUGACCCAGUCCUUCUCCAAGCUCUUCAAGGACCUGGGCCUGCCGGCCCGCGCCGUAAGCACCACGUUCGGGUGCAGGGUCAACGUGGCCAUCUGCCUCCAGGGCACAGCUGGCCCAGACCCCACAACCGUCUACGUGGACAUGCGGGCACUGCGCCAUGACAGGGUACGUUUGGUAGAACGAGGUUCUCCGCACAGCCUGCCAUUGAUGGAGUCUGGAAAGAUCCUCCCUGGCGUGAAGGUCAUCAUCGCACACGCUGAGACCAAAGGACCCUUGGGAGACUCGCACCUGGGAGAGAUCUGGGUAAGCAGCCCCCACAAUGCCACCGGGUACUACACCGUCUAUGGGGAGGAGGCGCUUCAUGCCGACCACUUCAGUGCCCGGCUGAGUUUUGGAGACACACAGACCAUCUGGGCAAGGACUGGCUACCUUGGCUUCCUUCGACGAACAGAGCUCACCGAUGCCAGUGGAGGGCGGCAUGAUGCACUGUAUGUCGUUGGGUCUCUGGAUGAAACUCUGGAGCUCAGAGGCAUGCGGUACCACCCCAUCGACAUCGAGACCUCUGUCAUCCGAGCACACAGGAGCAUCGCUGAGUGUGCCGUGUUCACCUGGACCAACCUGCUGGUGGUGGUGGUGGAGCUGGAUGGGCUCGAGCAGGAUGCCCUGGACCUGGUGGCCCUGGUGACCAACGUGGUGCUGGAGGAGCACUACCUGGUCGUGGGCGUCGUGGUCAUUGUGGACCCAGGGGUGAUCCCUAUCAACUCUCGGGGUGAGAAGCAGCGCAUGCACCUGCGGGACGGCUUCCUGGCUGACCAGCUGGACCCCAUCUAUGUGGCCUACAACAUGUGAGCGCAGCACCCCAGACCGGGUGCCGGAGACGAAUGAGCUCCAGCAGUCCAAGGUGAUGUGGGAAGACACUGCAGAGCCCACGCACCGGGACUCGCCCCUUCCUGUGCUCUUACAGAUCCCUCUCAGCAGCUCCCUGCAUCUCCUUUUAGAAAGCACUUCCUGAAUUAUUUAAAGACAUAUUUUGAAUCUGCCAAGUACAUUUACAAAAACACAGAUGCUGGUAUUUUAACAGAUGGAGAGACAAGGAAAGGAAAGGAAAGGCCUGGCGUGGGCAUUGUGAGGAAUCACAGGCACCGAGGUUGUUCUCUGCUGUACUGCAAGUUUGCACUUUCUUUAGGCUAAAAAUGUAGUUCCUGAUUUUUAAAAUUCAGUUAUUUAUUCCCACUUCAAAUGACAAGUUCAUAUAUAGAAAUUACGGAGAGAAACUUGAGACCAUUUACAGAGAGAAACUUGAUUCUGGGAAGAUAGCAGAGUACAAACCAGCUGCCUCACUUCUGUUUCACAGGGAGGCUGAUGGAAAGGAAGCAAGCUGGACCCAUCCUCCCUGCUCACAGAGCACUAUGGUCACACGCAGUGCCUGCUCUGCCAGUUUCGUUAUUGAAAGAGUUGUGCUGGCUGGGCGCAGUGGCUCUCGCCUGUAAUCCCAGCACUUUGGGAGGCCAAGGCGGGUGGAUCACGAGGUCAGGAGAUCGAGACCAUCCUGGCUAACACGGAGAAACCCCGUCUCUACUAAAAAUACAAAAAAUUAGC